CUGGAUUUGGUUUUUAAAUCCCAAUCGUAUAAACGCGCACACACACAAACCUCUCCCUCCGAGUCGUAACUCAGUCCGUGUCUUCUCUCACUCACUCAACUCACAUAUAAUUUCAUUUCUUUUUCCAUUUUCCAUAUUUCAAAAGCUUCAACUCGCUCUUUCAAAUUUCAAAUCCACAAGGAUUUUUAUUAUUAUUAUUCGCAUUUUCUUUCUUAAACCCGAAAAAAAUGAAAAGGAAAAAUCAAAGCUCCGACUUUUGAAUCCGAAAAGAUCCUCCCUUUUCUGGGUUCGGAUCCUCCGAUCCGCUUCAGCCGUCGUCACUGUCGUACCCUCGCUCUCCGGCGCUCAGAUCCUUGAACCCAUCUCUCCGGUCCGGCCCGAGCUAAUGGAGUUUUGAUUGUUUCACGCUUAUCGAGUUUCCUGUGUGUCAUGGAUUCGGAUAAUUUGGUAGCCACCUAUGGGCUUGAGGUGGCUCAUCAAAAUGGUGUUCAUGGGCAACCUGGUGUUGUUUCAGACAACAUAAAUGGGACUGUCAGCGAAACUACUACAACCGAGACUGCAGCUCCAAAUGGGAAAAUCGAAAAUGUCGUUAAGUUGGAUGAUGGUGUGACUAAUAACUCAUCUACUGGGGAAGCCAAAGAGGAAUCCACUGUCAACCCUGAAAGAAAUGGUUUGACUAUUGCUUUGACUAUUGCUAAGGAAGGGGAAGUGAAAGGCUCUCUUCAUUCAAAGCAAACCAAAGUGCAGAAAGGUCAAGGUAAGAGCAAGAAUGAGAAGCCUUCUGGUCCCAAGAAUGUCUCGCCAGUUUGGGUGAAGAAAAGUAAAGAUGGAAAUGAUGGAGAGGUGACAGCUUCUGUCUCAAAUGGUUCAGCUGCUCCAACUUCACGCCCAAAACAGCCUAACAAGACUAGAUCAUUUAAUGGGCGACAGGUUCAGUCAUCCAAUCAACUUGAGAAAUCCGAUACAGAAUUGUCUGAAGGCACCGUGGAGAAGACAAAGCUGAAGCCUUUGAAAAAAGACUCCCUUAAUAAGGCUGAAGGAGAUUCACAAUCCUCUUUAAGUCCUACAGAAGGAGACAUGAAACCGCCCAGGGUCAGUACACUUCCAAACUACGGUUUCAGUUUUAGGUGUGAUGAACGAGCUGAGAAAAGGAGAGAGUUCUACACUAAACUCGAGGAAAAGAUACAUGCAAAGGAGAUGGAGAAGAAUAAUUUGCAAGCCAAGUCUAAGGAAACUCUAGAAGCUGAGAUUAGGAUGCUCAGGAAGAAACUGACUUUUAAAGCAACUCCAAUGCCAAGCUUCUAUCAGGAGCCUCCACCUCCUAAGGUGGAGCUAAAGAAGAUACCAACAACAAGGGCCAAGUCUCCCAAGCUCGGCCGUAGAAAGAGCUUACCUCCCGCAGUUUCUGAAGGAAACAGUAGUACCAAUGAUCGAUCAAGCAGGCUUAGUCUGGAUGAGAAAGUUCCUCAGAACUCUGCUAAAGGGCCUUCUCCUGUGCAUCCAAAGAAGCCACAACGGAAGUCUCUUCCUAGACUGCCGUCUGAAAAGACCACUUUACCUAAUGCAGGGAAUGAGCGAAAAAUUACUUCUAAGGCAACAAAGGAGGAAAAAAACAACUUAAUUGAUGCAACGAAUGAGGAGAAUGCCACCUUGCCCAAUGCAAAAAGUGAAGCUGGAUCUGACACCCAAGAGCAGGAGGCAGUUCCGAAGGCUGAGACAAGUGAAGCACAGCCCCAUACGGAUGACGAGACAGUGGUUGAAGAGCAACAUGAUCCCAUCUAUGUUCAAGAAGAACCUACAGCCUUGGAGCAUUGAGUACAAAGUAUGGACAAAACUGGAUGCACCAGAGAGAGCCCUCAAAAGACUCCGUUUAUGAAAAUAAGAAAGGUAUUAUACCUGAAUCAAUUCGACGAAGAAGGCAUGAAGAAUUUUGCAUUAUAGUUUUGUGAUGUCUGUCUUGUCUGUAGUCAGCAGCAUGGUUGUUGUUGUGUGCUUGCUUGCUUUCAAGGUUGCUGGUCUUGUCAUUGGAAUUCUGCACUCCAGUUUUCCGCACUGUAUGUAACUAUGUGCCAGGUUGUUUUGUCUAAUUUAUAUGUUUAAGCAUUGCAUUAGUUGGCCAGAUAAUUGGGAAGAAGACUUGGGGAAAAUUUUGGAAACUUUUGUUAGAUAGUUCGUGCUUGGAAAUAUAUCCUGUUUAAGCUGUCUUGUUGAACAAUUGGGAAUUGUGGAAUCAAUCAAGGCUGAUUUUGUGUUGUAAA